GGGGUGGGGUGGGUGGUGGUGGGCGAGGUGGAAGUGUCGGGAUGGCAGCCAACAUGUACAGGGUCGGAGAUUAUGUUUACUUUGAAAACUCCUCAAGCAACCCAUACCUUAUCCGAAGGAUAGAGGAACUGAACAAGACCGGCAGCGGCAACGUAGAAGCCAAGGUUGUGUGUCUAUAUCGGAGAAGAGAUAUUUCCAGCAACCUCAAUGGACUCGCGGACAACCAUGCGCGUGUUAAAGCUGAUCAGAUGACAAGAUGUGGAAAUGAGUUAUUUUUGAAUGGAGAGUUUGAAGAAGACUCAAAACAGCCAGUUCUGGUGGAUCAGGAACGGCAUCAACUUAAACACAGAGAACUCUUCCUGUCACGUCAGUUUGAGUCGCUCCCUGCCACACACAUCAGGGGGAAGUGCAACGUGGCAUUGCUGAAUGAGACAGAGAAGCUAAGCGAGUACCUGGAUAGGGAGGACUGUUUCUACUACUCGUUGGUGUUUGACCCCUUACAGAAGACACUGAUUGCUGACCAGGGGGAGAUUAGAGUCGGGCCCAAGUACCAGGCUGAUAUCCCAGACAAACUUGCAGAAGGUGAGUCAGAUAACAGGAAUCAGCUGAAAAUGGAAACAAAGGUGUGGGACCCGGAUAAUCCACUGACCGAUCGGCAAAUCGACCAGUUUCUCGUUGUUGCUCGGGCGGUGGGGACGUUUGCCCGUGCUUUGGACUGCAGCAGCUCGAUCAGGCAGCCAAGUUUACAUAUGAGCGCAGCUGCAGCAUCCAGGGACAUCACGCUGUUCCACGCCAUGGAUACUCUGCAGCGUAACUGCUAUGACCUAGCCAAAGCGAUGUCGACUCUAGUUCCGCAGGGGGGGCCUGUACUGUGUCGUGACGAGAUGGAAGAGUGGUCGUCGUCCGAGGCCAUUCUUUUUGAAGAGGCACUAGAAAAGUAUGGCAAGGAUUUUACAGACAUCAGACAAGACUUUCUACCAUGGAAGUCACUGGCCAGUAUAGUCCAAUUUUAUUACAUGUGGAAGACCACAGAUCGAUACAUCCAACAGAAAAGGCUGAAAGUAGCUGAAGCCGACAGCAAACUGAAGCAGGUCUACAUUCCUACUUACACAAAACCUAACCCUAAUCAGAUUGUAUGCGUUGGGUCAAAGGGAGGGAUGAUGAAUGGAGCUACGGGAUACCAGAAAUCUGCAGCUGGCCUAACCUGCGAGAGCUGUCACACCACACAAUCUCUACAGUGGUAUGCCUGGGGUCCUCCCAACAUGCAGUGUCGGCUUUGUGCGUCCUGUUGGAUUUACUGGAAGAAAUAUGGUGGCCUAAAGACACCAACAGCACUCGAUGGGGAAAAGUCACGACCUCCUUCAGAGCCCAGGUCAAAGGGGCCAUAUGGCCGCCAGGAUCCUCAGGGUUUGCUGUCAUAUAACAGCUCCAAACUCCUGGCCAAGAACCGGCAGACGUUCCUCCUUCAGACAACCAAGCUUACCCGCAUUGCUCGGCGGCUCUGCAACGACAUCCUGCGGCCGAGGAGGGCGGCAAGGCGCCCCUAUAUCCCUGUUAACAUUGGCGCCAUCAAAACAGAAUGUGCGGUCAGACUUCCAAAAGCAGCAACGAAACCACUCAGGAUCCGGCCUGUGGCACGGCCGACAUUAGCUAACAUCAUGAAGGAGUUGGGGGAAUUGGCUGCACGUGGUCCGGUGAAGCCUAGGAUUUUGAAAGGGAGUGAAACAAAUCGAACCAUACUAAAUAUCAAUCGCGGAGUGCUGUCCCUCCUGGGGAAACGCACCUUCAGCAAACAAAACGGGGUUGAGGGAGCCCCAAGUCCCAUUCAUAUAAGGCAGAUGACGGCUAGCCCCCAUUCAGCCAGUGGCAGACCCUUCUCUGCUGGGAUGAAGACAGAGCGAGGUGGCACUGAGCCAGCGUUUAAACGGCAGAAAUUGAACCCUGGAGAUGCCCCUGACCCGAUUGUCUUCGUGGCAACAGACCAUACCAGGAUGAUUCGGAAAGCUUUGAGCCAAUCGGAAAUGAGGAGAGCUGCACGGAGACCUUCUGUGCAAGUUAAAGUGAAACUUACAAGUUCAACUCGCUCAGCUGCCCUAGGGGAGCCCAUCAUCCUGGAGGACUGAAAACUGAUCUUCCUGCUACGCAUAUACACGCACGCGUGUGCACGCGCACACACAAAUGCACAUAUAAACAGACACCUGCACACGUAAACACACACGCCCUUCUCAAAUCUUCAGGGAAUUCAUAAAUAAACUGAAAAGAUUCUCACAAAUUUACCCCCCACCCUCCCGUUCUCUGACUGGAUUGUGGGGCUGCACUCACCAUCUGCUCCACCAGUCAUGAGCAUAUCUGAUAAACACACGAUAUGUAAAGCAAUGUAUAUAAAUCAUACUCAAAAACAGAAAAUGCUAGAAAAACUCAGCAGGUCUA